GUGUCAGGGUAAUUAGUGUGCUGUCAUCAUUUUCAGUCAAUUUUUCUGCAAACAAAUAAAUCCAUCGGCUUCGAGAAAAGUUCGUCAAACAUUUAUUCCACUCACCAUUUGUUCGAUAAAAAAAGCAAUUAUUUCAGAGAUAAACAAGAAUUGGAGUAUAUUUCUUUUGGGUGAACAGGUCGAAUAAAUAAAUAAGUUUGGGUUUAAAGAUCUAUAACCAAAAAAUCAGUAAUCAGAUAAAGACCACGUAAGAGCUUUGCUGGGGGCUUAUUAUUGGCCACAGAGAAUUUCACAAUGACAGACGUGUCUGUUUGGUACAAAAAUCUGCCAAUAUUCACGAAAUAUUGGCUAUCGCUGACAGUGGGAAUCAGUUUAUUGGCACGAUUUGGACUGUUGGCCGGAGAAUGGUUGUAUUUAGCACCGUAUUUUAUUUAUUACAAAUUCCAACUAUGGCGAUUGGUAACUUGCAUAUUCUACUACCCGCUAACACCAAAUACAGGAUUCCACUUCAUGCUAAACUGCUAUUUCCUGUAUAAUUACUCGCUUCGAUUGGAAACAGACCACUUCAAAUCCAGUCCGGGAGACUAUUUCUUCCUGUUGUUGUUCAACUGGGCUUGUUGCACAGUCAUUGGGUUGCUGUUUAAUUUGCCUCUCUUGAUGGAUCCAUUGAUCUUGUCCGUGUUGUACAUUUGGUGUCAGCUCAACAAAAAUGUUAUAGUGAACUUUUGGUUUGGCACACGAUUCAAGGCAAUGUACUUGCCAUGGGUUUUGUUGGGAUUCAAUUUGAUUUUGUCGAGUGGCAGCAUGUACUCACUGGUUGGCAUUUUGGUGGGUCAUCUGUACUUCUUCUUGAAAAUCAAGUAUCCACAGGAAUUGGGAGGCCCAUCAUACUUGAAUACACCGGCAUUUAUUAAAUCGUAUUUCCCUGACGUUCGCGGUGGUGUACAUGGUUUUGGAUUUGCUCCACAAAAUCAACGAACUGAUCAACCAGCCGGCGGUGGCGGUGGCGGCAACAACCAAAACCGAUUCUUUGGCGGUAACAAUUGGGGAAGAGGUCAACGUCUUGGCAGAGAUUAAACCAAAUUCUUAUCAUGAAAUUCUUCAGUUUCCCAUGAACAAACAAAAAAAAAACGAGUGGAAAACUUUUCCAAUUUAUUGUCGUUAACAAUGUCGUAUUUAAUUUUAACGUACUACUAAUUGCCACGUGCACCUAUUUUGUAAUUUGCUGGACGUAUAUAAUUGGGUUGUUCAUUGAUCUAAAUGAACGUGAUGAUUUUUUCUUCGGGUUUAUUCACAAAACAAAUGUAGUUUCUUCAAGGAGGUUCAUUCUCAACAACGGCUAUGAUAGAUUUUCGGAAAUAUUUACAGCAAUCAGGUUAUACGAGACACAAAAUGUUAUAUAAUAUAACACUGGUGACUAAUUCGAUACGAUUUAGUAGAAUUGAUAGAUCAAACUUUUGAAUACUUUCUAUUUAAAUGAUAACAUUUCAUCUAAAGUGGUCGCUGUUGAGAUGAAAUAACCUGAAAAAUAUUCAAUGGAUACUAAAUAUGUAUAUUUUUUGCAAACAAGUGUGCGCCAUGUAAUGUGAACGACCAAGAAAUAAAAUGAAAUCUGAUAACAACAUCAUGGUUAAUGGCGAGUGGCCAAUUCUUGUCCUGCAGAGUGAUGAUUCAGAUUUCGGAUCAGGAGCAAAUCUUCUUUUCAAUCUGUUAGUUGCGUUGCUGUACAUGCAACACACUCAGGCGCCAACUCAAACAAAUGGAGAUGUGUGCGUGUGUACAUGUCUAUGCCUGUUACUCACAGUGUGGGGCAUGCAAAGAAAGGUCCUUGCCCGGAUAGCAAAUUCAACAUGCUGGAAGUGAUUUCUUCUUCAAAUCCAGAAAAUGUGUGUGUAUCAAUAUUAUUGGCUUGAAUCAGGAACGCGAUGAAUCUUUGAAGUUGACAUUUAUUUGUUUAUUGCACCUAUAAAUAUGUCCCAAUCAUUUGAUUAAUACUUCAAAUUUAACACACAAAAUUGGAAAGUGCAAUUUUCAUAUUGCGAAUAUUUUUGCGCCAACAAAAUUGAGUUGCAUUUGUCAUCACAUGAACCGCAGCAACGUCACGAUGAAUGGUCAGUUGUCAAAUUACAUCGGUUCAACUCACGCAUUGUUGGUCAACGAUUCGCACUAAAAAUUGGAAAUAUUCGGUUAUCACAACCAAUUAACAAUCUGGAAACCUGAACUGUAUUCAAUUUGAGGUGAAUUAUCAUUGGAUACGCCGAAUUCAACAGGCUUGUUGCAUUUUUAUUGGUGUGUUGAGUGCGAAUUAGACUUUGUUUGCAAAUCGCAACAACAAAACCAAUGCAUGCAAAUCAUUUGCGACAUCAAACGUCAAAACCAACUAAGUCCAAAACAAAACACCUGUUAAGCGCUGCAACACAAUCAAUCUGCGUCAAUUAAAACUGAAAUAACAUGAGCGACGAAAGAGGCGAAGUUCAAAGAAACACUCAAGCGGAUAUGGAAAGGUUAACGCUCGAUCAGAGUCGAAUUCAAAAUGCCGUAGCCAUCUCAUCAAAUGUUCAAUUUUCAUCGCCGAUUCUCAAACUGGACGUGGACUGUUUUGAAGAUUUGUUCGAGUGGUUGUCAUUGGCCGACUUGCGGUCGCUUCGCCGAAUGUGUAAACGCUUGAAACAAGUCGUUGACUACUUCAUCAAAACGCACUAUCCAGCGGUGAAAAUGGGUUAUGGACGAAUUGAGCUUCACGAAGAUAAGAUCGACCAAUUUCAACAGCUUCAUCUGACCAGUGUCGAAAUGAUCAAAGAGGCCAAAAUCUAUUUCAAUGAAAUAACUGUGAAAGAAAUCGAUGUGUUCAAAGGCAUUUUGCCUCAGGUGGAACGGCUUAAGAUUAACACAUGGCAAUUGAGUGCCAAUGAGGGUAAUUUCUACGAGUCGAUUCUCAAAUGGUGUUCAAACUUGAAAUAUUUGUCAAUCGAUUUAAUACACUAUGCAAUCAUUGGCGAAGACAAUGAGUGGUUAAAACAGCAGUGUCCGACAAUUGAACACGUCGCAAUGGAUGACAAUGAUGUUGGUGGACCUGGUAUGGCUGGCGUAUUUCCGGAUUUGAAGACAUUCUUCGAAUUGAACCCAAACAUUCAGACAUUUUCCACCACAUUUCACCUUCUCCGAAUAAAUGGAAACGUUUUUUUGGGGUCUAACGUAAAAGUUGACCAGUUGAAUGUUUAUGGUGACUGUUUUCAUGAGUAUGGUAUGAAUGUCAUCUGUGAACUACUCAAUCAGCUACACGACCAAGGGUUUUACCAGCGAUUGCAUAUGGAAGCUUCGUACAUUACUCUCCAAGAAGAAUUGGAUCUUAUCAUAUCGGUACGCGGAAUGGAAAAACUGUAUUUAGACUUUUGCUCGUCAGAUAAACUCACUUUGGCACCAAAGCCAGAGAUUAAAGAACUGGGCAUCAGUUAUGUUGGUGAUUAUAUAGCCUUGGACGCCGUCGCAAAGAGUCUUAUGAACGUCGAACGAGUUUGCAUUGGUCAAGGUAAAGUUGAAGAAAUUAUACCAUUCCUGCGCUAUGCUCGGAAGGUGAAAGAAAUUAAAGUUGGCCGUUUGGAUGAAGGAGCUCAUUUCGAGAAUGGCGUCAUCGACUUGCCAGCAUUGAACAAGGAACGAAAAGGAUUAGCUGGUGCCAGCAAAAUUACGAUUUAUGUCCAUGAAGACGUUUUCCUCGCAACAAAAAUGGCGCUGAUGAAGACGGACUUCAGUUUGGUCACCCUCAAACGAGCUGAAGCAGUCGAAUGGAUCCAUCAACUUCGAUACUAGUAGCAUAGAAAGACAAAAUUCCAUUCCAAUUGUAUAAAAAUCAUGAAAAUUCCUCUCUCACAUACAUUUUAGUAUUGUUUUCUACAUUUAUGAUUAUAUUGUCGAUGCAAAUUUAUGAAAAAGCCAUUCAAAGGAAAUCUGUUUGUACUUUUGCCAAUAAUAUAGCAAAAUAAAAUGAAAUUUAAUCUAUAAA